GAUUUCUUUGCUUGUGCACGUGGAGGCGACUCAGCUCGCGCCGGCUGUCCCGCGCGCGCUCACCCCCGCUUCGUGACGACUUUUCCUUUUUACUGUUAUGCCUCGAGCCCAGUCCUGUCACCUGCGGCGCGUUCCUUUUAGUCUCCAGAGGGGAAUCGUAGAAGAAGAAUGAGUCCCGCAUAACUCCGAGUGUUGUUGUUGUCUGCCCCCUCCUUUCACUCUUUUUCCCCUCUCCCGGGCUUUCACUGUUGACUCAUUGUGUAUAAGAAUGGUAGAUAAAGGCCCUUUGUUGACGUCUGCCAUUAUUUUUUACCUGUCCAUUGGGGCAGCAAUUUUUCAAGUCCUGGAGGAGCCUAAUUGGGAGCUGGCUGCAAAGCAGUACAGUGCACAGAAGGACAAAAUACUGGAGGACUAUCCCUGUCUGACGAAGGAUGACCUGGACAGAAUCCUGGAGGUGGUAUCUGACGCUGCAGGCCAAGGGGUCACAAUAACUGGCAGUAAGACGUUUAACAACUGGAACUGGCCAAAUGCUGUGAUCUUUGCAGCAACAGUUAUCACUACUAUCGGGUAUGGGAAUAUUGCUCCCAAAACAUCAGCAGGCCGUGUAUUUUGCAUCUUUUAUGGACUGUUUGGUGUGCCUUUGUGUCUUACCUGGAUCAGUGAGCUGGGAAAGUUCUUUGGUGGCAGAGCCAAGCACCUAGGCCAGUAUCUAACCAGGAAAGGAUUUUCACUGAGAAAGGCUCAGUUCACCUGCACGGCUAUAUUUCUCCUUUGGGGUGUGCUGGUCCAUUUAGUCCUUCCACCUUUUGUAUUUAUGUCCCAGGAGGGUUGGACAUACAUUGAAGGAUUGUACUUCUCAUUUGUAACGUUGACCACCAUUGGCUUUGGAGAUUUAGUAGCAGGCGUGGAACCGAACAAAGAAUAUCCAACUUUGUACCGAUACUUUGUGGAAGUGUGGAUAUAUCUGGGAUUGGCCUGGCUUUCCUUGUUCUUCAAUUGGAAAGUGCGGAUGGUGAUCGAGGCUCACAAGGCACUAAAGAAACGUCGCAAGCUGCGCAAACUGUCUCUCGAAGAGCUACAGCAGUACAAAGGCUCUCACAAAGCCCCCCUUCCUUUGUCACCCACUCCUAAUGAUGUCAACAUCUUCAGCUUCCUGUCCAAGAGGCAGGAAGGAUACAAUGACUUGAUCAAGCAGAUCGGCAAAAAAGAUGGUGUUAACAACAGUGCAGUCACCACCAUUAAUACUUCAAAAGAAUUUAGUCGUUCUCGGAGUUGCAAUGAUGCUCCUAUGUUUAAUGGCCACACCAUUCUCAGCCUGGACCGUUCACCACGCCACAAGAGACGCUAUAGUUUUAGUGACCGUGUCACUGUGGCUUUUUCAAAGUCCAAGAACUACCUCCUUGGCUCAGACAAUGGCUUACUGCUAACAGAAGAUCACAUUGAGGGUGACCUAGAACAGGACCAAAUGUACGAGAACCAACUUGACAAAGAUGCCGGCCUCGAAAACAGAGGAGUGGGAGAUUGUGGACUAAGUGGUCAAAGGGCAUGGGACCCCAAAGACUACCAUCCCCUGACAUUCCAAAAUGCAAACAUUACUUUUAUUGAUGAGGAGAACUUCCUGAACAACAAUUUGGAGGAAGAGGAGGAUGACAAUGAUGACGAUUCGAAAGCAAAGCUGUCUAUUACCACAUGUGACGAAAACAUUGAAACAAACUCAUCAAAAGAGGAGCAAUGUUCAGAAUCUGAGGAGUCGGUGUUCACUAGUGACGAUUCAGAAAACAGCCACUCUUAUGAGAAACUGGUAGAGGAGUAUGCAAAGGAAGAAAAUACAGAGCCUUGAUGAGUAUUUAGUAAUUAAUUAUGUAUAGCCACAACAGUCCUGACUUUUGACUGGAUAAUUAAAUAAUACUGUAUACCAAACACGCUGCAAUAUACAGUAUACUGUUCAUAAUAUACAGUUAUGCAUUUAAAUAUGCGUUUUUAAAAGCUACCCAAUGUUUUAUUGCACUGUGGGCAUAUAAUCUGAAAUUUGUUUUAUUCGAAAUUUUGCUUCGUCUUACAAAUUCUUUGCAAAUAUGGACUACAGAUCAUCAUACGUGAACCUAUGAGUAUUUAACAGCUGCUCUAUUUAGAAACGUGCACCAUGUUUUUAUUGUCAUGUGAGGCAAGAACAGUUUUGAAUUUUUCUGCUGAACAAGUUUUAUAAGAAGUUAUGUGGAGAUAUAUUUGUUUUCCUUUAGUUUCUUAAAAUAAUUUUCACCAUAUUGGUGCUUUUUUCUAGUAUUUAUUAACAUUAAAAUCUUUUUUUAUUCUAUAGUUAGAACAUAUUGAUGUCUCCUGUUGCACAAUACCACUUAAUGAGAAGAGUUCAAAGUCCCUUCUAGUGCAGAUUGUCUCUGUAAAACCUGAGCCAACAUGAAGGGAUUGUGGGCCAGUUGAUUUUUUUGUUAUUUUUUGUUUCUUGUAUCAAGCCCUUGAUGAGAUUGUAUUUAUUUUGACUGCAUACUACAGAAUUGUGACUGAACUAGAGGUGAAAUAUGCAGAUAUGCACAGGUAACAUCUGUGAGCCUUAGAACCAACUGGGAGUAGUACUGGAAAGGAAAAUGUUGUUUUCUGUAAAUAUCUUAUUAAUGAAAGUUCUGCUCCAAGGUUUCAUUUUUUAACUGCCGUACAAAAACAGCAUUGAAAUUGAUCCUCUCUUUGUGACACAGCAAACAUCUGUCAGAAAUGACUAAAUCCAAAAAACAUGCUGGGUUUGCUAUAGUAACGUUAUACAGUAUUUUGCCGUUGUGUUUUGCUGAGACGGUUCAUUGUUGAAUCUAUUGCUUCUAGGCCAGCUACCAGGGCAGCACAUACUGGUAAUGAAACCCUUAAAGCAACAAUGAUCUUAAUUUGUGUCUCUUCAGCACUCUCUUGUUUCAUUGUAUUUACCAAGUAAACAUUGGCCAGAAGCCCAUCAGUAGUUUCAAACACAGCCCCAGCUCAUGACAUGGCCUUGCUGCUUGUGUUUGUCUUCAGGGGCUCGCACUGGCAUGAUUACGACUUGUGACAGGCAGCCAAGGUUAACUUCUAACAGAUCAAUAUUCUCUUGACGUAUGAUUUAGUCAUUCGACAAGGGCGGUCUUGGUGCUUUUGUGCAAUUUACUGUCCCUUCAUGUAAACAAUGUAUUUUUUAGUGGAACUAAAUUGACUGUCCACUGCCUUCUUGUUAAUUCACUGCCAUUUGCACAUUAGUUGAGCACACAAACCAAAACUAUAAUUUGUUUGUUUAUAAAAGCUGAGAUUUAAUAUCUCGCACAGUUAAUUUGAACAGAGAUAUCAGCAACACAGUGCUGCUGCUCACAAGUUUAGGCCUUUUACAAUUUGCUUUUAUUGUCUUAUUAUAUACAUGUCCUUUAUUUCAGAACAGGGCCACAGCUUUUGUGCAUUUCAUUCAUCCCUUUUGGUUUGCAAAGAUUUUCCUGGACGCCUUAGUGUAACAUUAUGCAGCCAACGGUACUUCUCUGGAGUGUCUCCAGCUCAUUUAACUAAGAACAGGUUAGGCUAGUUUGCCCAAUGUUUUCCUCUGAAGGUUGUUCCAUAGUGUAAAAACUCAAAACUCUAGUAUAGUUGUCUUGUCGCUGUGUGUGUGUGUGUGUGUGUGUGUGUGUGUGUGUGUGUGUGUGUGUGUGUGUGUGUGUGUGUGUGUGUGUGUGUGUGUGUGUGUGUGUGUGUGUGUGUGUGUGUGUGUGUGUGUGUGUGUGUGUGUGUGUGUGUGUGUGUGUGUGCUUUUCAAUCAAGUAAAAUAAACUGUAAAAUGUGAUUUGUUCUGUGAUUUAUUAAACAAGAUGUUUCCACUAUUAUUGAUAAAUAAUAAUGUUUCCACCAUUAUUGAUAAAAUCAUUUAAAUUAGAGCCAUGUGAAGGUGUGGCAUUAGAAGUUGGUUACAAUCUUCUGAGUUAUAGUAAGUCAGAAUGUUAUGUGGUGCAGCCUCUGCUGUAUCUAUUUGUAUUUAAUGUACAUAUUGAAUUAAGUGUCCUUGAUAUAUGUCUUGAGUUAGUGUCUUUCGAAAUGGAGAAUAACCAUUUUUUUUUUUCAAAAUAAGCCAGGCCCUAUUUAUAGACUAGACCCCUAACUAUAUUAUCUGUAUUAAAUAGGUAUGCGUGUCGUGUGUGAGCACUCUGCAAGAGGCUAACAAGUAAAUCAUUCACAAAUUCUAAUGACACAUCCUAACCAAAUCAGGGGCAUAUAUGAAAAGGCUUAUAUAUAAAAA